AUGGCUCCCCCCUCACAGCUCGCUAUCGCCGCGAGCGCCGUAACCAGGCUGCUCAAAGAAGAAGCCUCGUACCACAAGGAACUUGCCGACCAAGAGGCGCAGGUGAAGAGGCUGGAGGAGAGUGUCCAGAACGGAGGCAACGGCGGCGACGACGGCAACGCCGAGUUUAUGCUGAAGCAGAAUUCACGCCGUCACGCCAUCACGCGGGACAUGAGCUUGGGUUUGUAUCUAGGCAGGAAAGCUAAUGGCUCGUUUGUCCAGAAAACUGCCGUUGAGCAGACAAAGGCCGUCUUUGGGCCGCUCAGGGACCGCAUUGCCGCAGCGGUGACCAAGUUGGAGGAUCAGAUUGCUCUGGCCGAGGAGGCUGGUGGUUCGGAGGACUUGGAGAAUGCGAAGAAGGUGCUUGGCCAGGCGAGAGCCAAGGCUUAG